UCAGGACAUAUGGAAGAGCAGCAAGUGCUCUUAACCACUGAAGCAUCUCCAGCUUCAUCAUUUUCUACUGCUUACUUUAAUAUGGAGUAGGCUAGUACCUGCCUUUGUUCCCCCACCUCCACUCUGUCUCCACUUGCUUCUCUUGUCUCUGUUGUUCUCCUCUCUAAGUGUGUGCUCCUGUCCUCAUGGGAACUCCUGUGGGUCAUUCCUUAGAGACUUUAAGUUACUGUGCUCUGGCCCCUGCCUUCUUCGGUCUGAAGGUCUCUACAGCAAUAGUAAGUACUUAAUAAAACAAAUACUGUGUCUGUUGAGUGAGACUGAUUUAGUCUCUGUGCACAGGAGCUCAGAGUCCAUCAGGAACAGUCAUCUUUGAGCCAUAUCUGUCUGCUGUGUAAGGAGGGGACAGGAGGGAGUCUGUGAGAGCUCAGUAAAGAGUAGGGAUCUGGGCUUUAGCCAGAAAGGUGGGUGCUGAAGCUAUUGGGGGAGCAUCAGUGAGCUUGAUGGGUGAUAAGGGUUGAGGAAGCAAUGCGAGAACAGAGAGGGUGCAGAAAGUUCAGUGUCUUUGAAGUGGGAGUGGAAUGUCAUUCAGAUGAGACUUUCUUCUUUGGGAAGCAACAUGGAGACCUAAGGAACUGGCUCCACACACACAUGCAGGGGAGCACCCUCCAAGAGGCUUCUGCUGCAGGAAAUGGGACCUCAGGAGAAGCAAUGAAUUGUUCUGGUGGUGCUCACCCUGUAUUCUUUUCAAGCUCUCCUGUACAAUAAAUCCAAGGAGCCUGAGAACCUUGAACCUGGAGAGGAAGUCCAGGCCUCUGUAGCACAUGUGUCUUGUAGAGGGUGAAGCAUCAGGGCUGCUACCACCUUAGGCUGUGACACAGACCCUGAGUCCCCUUCCCUAUACUGGAUAGUCAGGUAGCCAGUGCAGGUCAGCCACGAGGAUCAUGGUUAACAGGAGUCUCUAGUUUCUUAAAAGGUUCUGUUUCCAAAGCUCUUUGACUCUGUUAAUAGGAAUUCAAUGGGGUAGUAGUAUUGUCAGUCAUGGUCUAAUCUCCAGUAAGACUGUAGAAACUUGGUUGACUCAUGUAGCUAUAUGCCAGCACUAACUUCAGUCUAAGCUACCAUCCUGAUUCAGAUUUUGGAGCUUCUUGGGGCUGGACAGGAACCUGGGAGAGAAGGCAGGUAAGCAUAGAGAAGCCCUGGGGACAGGCAGGAGCAGGAGUCCUGGACAAUUAUACUUUGUUGUAGUUGCUACCCAGUUGCCAGCCUCCUUGCCUGGAAUCCCUGGGAUUGCUUUUGGCCAGAUUCCAGUGACACUUCUGGAAUCUAGGAUGUCACCCAAGGUAUCAGAAGUGGGUGCAUUACCUAAUAUGUACCCAUUGGAUUUGGAAGAUGUUCCUGGUAUCUGUGCAUGUAUGCUAUUGGCAAUUCAGAGGCCAUUAAAGAGCUUAGUGUAUGAAUCAGGCACUUACAGCUAAUCUCUCCCCACACUCUAGACAAUAGCAUCCUGCCUAGGAGUGGAGACUCAGCACCAAGUUCAUAACUUUCAGGAUCCACAAGUCCUGGUGUCAGUAGAAAGCACUUGCCUUACCACUUACCUGCGUUAGUUCAGGAACUCCCGAGGCCAUGAUGUUAACCUAUGGGAGUGCAUCAGCUCCUCUGCUGCCCUCCAUGGUGCUGUUCCUCCCAUUUCUGAAGGGGAGGCAGAGGUAGAAGCAGAGGGCUGAGACCUGCUGUCCUUGUUGAUGUAGGGUGCAGCUUGGUUUGUUCAUCUUGAGCUGAUACACAGAUAUUCAGACACGUGUCUGUUCUACAUUUUGGAGCAACACAGCAGGCCCUAAAUUAGGAGCAGAGCACUGGAUUCACUGAAUCCAUGCACAGCAGGUCUCUGGCCUAGAGGCUUGUGAAAACUUUUCCUCUCUAAAUUUGAUAGAUACCUGUGCAUUUUCUAUUUUUUUUAAACUGUCAGCUAUUUGAUUUUUUUUAAAUUUUUGACUCAUAUUUUAAAGUGAGAGAAAAACACUUGCUCAUUUUGAGUGCUUUUCUGAAAAAGAAAUUCACAGAUGGGGAUAACUUCAUUUCAAAGAUAAAAGUACAGCUUCCCAAUAUUCUGCAAUAUGGCUUUGUUCUCUAAAUGACAAAAUCAAGGCAGCUUGAGAGCAGUGCAGAGCCGGAAUGGCAGCAGAAGGCAUGGAGCUGGAGGCACACUCAGUUCAGCGACUUGCAGUUUUUCUUCACUGGGAACCUAUUGGAACUUAAAUUAUGCACAAUAAAUGUCACAUCUUCCCCCAUUUGUCUUAGUAACUGAGGAAUCCUGUAUAUUGGGAAAAGCUCUUUGUACAUCAAAGCUCCUUAACAAUGUGAGUUGUCUCAUCUUCUCGUGGGAGGAAAUGUCAGCUUGAUUGAUGUGAUCUGGGGAGUGAAAGCUGCUCUGAGGAGAGCCCCAGUGCACAGCUUCUCUCUUCUGCCUCAACUCCGAUUGCUUGCUCUGUGGAAAGCCCUUUUAGGGCAGCCUCUUCAUAUUAGCACCUGACAUCUACCCCAUGAGUCACCGUUGGAAACACCACCACCAGGAACAGAACCCACAUGAAGCCUAGUGACUCACUGUAGCCGAAUCUCCUGCCCAUCCAGAACAAGGAAGGGACAGGGCACAAUUUCCUUUAUGAAGCAGACUUAAACCAGUCAGCUUACUCAGGCUGGUUCUCCAUUGCCUGUCUCUUUGGAUUCAUCACCACUAUGCGUCAUACCACAGGUUCAGAUCCUGCCGGGAAAAUGUCAGAUGAAUUUUUGUUGGCAUAUGUGCUACCUGAACAGUCCCCUGCCAGAAACACUGCUGUGAACAAUGCAAAAGCUGGCCAAGCUCCUCAAGGCUGGCCAGGCUCCGGCCCUCGGAGUAUCAUAAGUGCUCCACCUGCUAUGCUAUCUGGACUCCCACCAAGUAUAGCACCCUCUGCUGUAUCUUUUGGACCAGCACCAACAGGAAUGUAUCCGUCCAUCCCUCCAACUGGACCACCACCAGAAUCUCCAGCAUCCCUUCUUCUUUCUGGACCUUCAUGUCUCCAACCUAGUGGCCCUUAUUCAGCCCCUGCUGUACGAGGCCCUGGUCCCACAGGGCCAUAUGCUACACCAAAUAUACCCUUUCCAGAGCUACCCAAGCCAUAUGGUGCACCCACAGAUCCAGCUGCAGCUGGUACUUUAGGUACACGGGGAUCCAUGUCUUCUGGACUUUGGGCACCAGGAAUAGGAGGGCAGCAUCCUAAUAUGCCAUAUUCAUCUCCAGGACCACAUCCUACUGCUCUUCCUCCAGUGUCAGGAGCACCACCUGUUCCAUGGGGCACUGUGCCACCAGGAGCUUGGGGACCACCAGCAUCUUAUCCUGCCCCUGCAGGAUCAUAUCCCAUGCCAGGACUCCAUUCUGCUCUGAAUAAUCCUUACCAAGUGAUGGAGCCUUCAGGACCUUCUGGUGCUCCAUCAGUGCCUGGUGGCCCACAGAAAACGAACGAAGUCCCAGGUGGCUCCCGUCCUGAUGCAUCCAACCAGGAGAGCACCCCGGAGAGCACCCCGGAGACCACUGGACAAAUGAAGCAGCUGAAGGUAGAUGACAAACCCAUCAAAAGGAGACGUUCUAAGAGGAAGAGGAAGCCAGUAACUUGGGGAGACAUCAAGACUUUAACUCAUGAAGCUGAGACCUUGGGGAAACAACAAGGACACAAUACUACUGACCCCAAAAUGAUGCUGUUAUGUUUAAUGACUAUAUUACAUGUUAAUUCCCAGCGUGUCAGUUCAGAAUCUGAAUGACUUUUGUCAGUGGGGAUAAAAGGCACACUUGUAAUAAACAGUAUGAUGUUGUUUUGACAAAAACAAAAAACAAACAAA